AGUUAUUAAAAAUGCAGGCAAUUUUAAUUCUAUUGCAUUUUUCAGAAUUCUCCAUCAUAAUCCUCUGAUGACUGUUCAAGAUCCAUAUCUUUUUAAUUUGCCAGCGUUGAAAUAUUUAGACUUAGGAACAACACAAGUGACUUUGACAACACUUGAUAACAUUCUCAUGACAGCUCCUGAAUUAGAGAAACUUAUCUUACCUAACCAUUUGGCCUGCUGCCUCUGCCAAUUUAAAAAUGAUAUUGAGGCUGUUGCCAAGACAGUCAAACUGCAUUGUGAGACCGAAUGUGUGACCAGCAUACCUUGUGAUGAAGAACUCAUAAUAGAAGGACCGCUUAUGAACACAUUUCAGGGCCGGCAGAACACCAGCACUGAUCUGACCAUUGAGCCAGAGAGGGCAUCCUCUAUCAAAAAUAGCGACACUUCCUCAUCCCUUAUGAGCCUUCUGAUGAGACUGCUCACUGAGCAGGAGGAAGUAAAGAUAUCCAACGCAGAGUGGGAUGAGGAACAAUGGGAAGAUGAGAGGAUGCAAACCCUCAGGGAGCAGGAAGAGAAGGUGACUAAUGAGCUCAGAAAAGAAGUUCCAGGAUAUAAAAACAAAAUGAUCAUGGCAGCACCUGUGAUUGCAGUAACAACAUUUUUUAUUGUACUUUUCUGUCUCAUUGCGAUUUGUCAGCGGAAGGUAUAUAAAAGAGGAAGCUCAAGGUCGGAGGGAAGCCCAGGAGCUGAUGCAGGCCACCGCAAGGCAGAUGGUGACUCGGAUACUGGGCCCUUCCUGGAAUCCGUAACAGGCCAGAGCACCAGGUAGAUGGUGACGCCGAUAAUGGACCUGUCCUGGAAUUUCUAACAGGACAGAGUACCAGACAGAUGGCGACACAGACUACUUCCUGGAACCCGUGACAGACCCUCUCGCGGUGGAUACUCCCAAAGCUCAUGCCCCCCACCCCUCAUUGAACAGCUGUAUUAAAAAAGUGCCUUUGCUCCCUACUCUGCUUAUCAAUACUCCUCCACUUUCCUCCUUAUCUGAACCCCCCAAAAAUCUUUCCUACCCUCCGACUUGUCCGCCUC